AUGUAUCAUAAUCUGAAUCCUGUCGGAUCGAUGAAUAAUACUGAAGCAACAAUUGUAUUAUCAGGUGUUGGUACUACUGCAUUAUCAGAUGGUCUACUUAUGAAUAUGUAUCGUACAUAUGGUCCAAUCCUUCGUGUCCGACAUAAUGGAACGAAUUCAGCUCACGUGACGUUUGCACAAAAGAUACAUGCUCUAAAAGCUGUAAAAGCAACCAAUGGUGCUGUCAUCAAUGGCAAAACGCUCAAAGUUUCUCUCCAGCGCCAAUUCACAAAAACAACAGAACCGUGUCGUGGUUUUGUAGCUGGAAUUUGUCGUAAAGGCGAUAUGUGCAAAUACUACCAUGUUACAGACAAUGCAGCGUUUGCUACACCAGCAGCUCCUCCUGUAGCUGCCAAAGUACCACAUAAACCAAAGAUUGAAGUUUUAAAAAAGCCUAUUGAGACACAUGCUAUACCACAAGAGAUCCAAGCAAUUCCAGACAACAAGGUUUGCCGUCAUUUUUCUCGUGGCUACUGUUCGCAAGGUGAGCAGUGUCAAUUUGCCCACGUGUUAGGCCUCCCGAAUCAGGUGGUGCCUGCAUCUACUGGAAAGGUUGCAAGGGUUUGUCUAUUUUUCCAAAGCGGAGUGUGCACUCGUGGUGAUGCGUGCAGGUAUGUCCACACGCCGAUCGCAGGUGAUACACCAGCUCAAUCUAGUACAUUCAAGACUGUUGCUCAAAGCAGCAACGGUUACAAUGAGAACGAAGCUCAAGACGAACUUGGACAGAAGGAUGAAAACCGCACAUGCCUCGAGUGUGAAAAGCCUGGCGUGGCCGUGUGGAAAUGUGCAAAGUGUGACAACUCGCUUUACUGUGAUAACUGUAAUACGACAGUGCAUCGUGCUCGCGUGAUGGCAAAACACGAGCGCAUUGAGCUUCCAUCAUUGCCGAAGCUGCCACGCUGUGGUGAGUGUGAAAAGAAGACUGCUAAUGUGCGCUGCGAGCAGUGCGAAGUCCUCUUUUGUGCAUCCUGUGAUGCAAGUGUGCAUCAGUUCAAAAGUUUGCGAAAGCAUGUUCGUGUCAAACUAUCUGAAACAACUGAAAGGGCACAACGAGAUGCCAAGGAUCCUGGACAAGAGUUUACGUCUGUAAAGAAAAACAAAGAGAAGAAAGAAGUUCACGUAGUAAAGUCUGUGCCACAAGCAAAUUCUGAUGGCCCAGUGCUUUAUGUCGAGAGCGUACCGCAGCUUGAGUUUUCUAGUGACUCGUCGGAAUCAUCCGAGUCAGAAGAUGAAGAAAUGAUGGAGAAAAAAGUCUCGCCUUCUGAGUCCAAUGACGAUAAGCAGAUGGCUGCUGCUGAUUCAGAAACUGAAUCUGACGAGGAUUUCGACGAUGUUAAGCCGCCGCCUGUGUCCUAUGUGACCCCCGCGCCAGACAUUAAAGCACAAGCACAAGCUACUCGUUCAUCGACUUCUGAGUCAAAGGACGAUUUUGAUGAAACGGUUACUACUGCUAAGUCAUUUACAUCACAUGUAUCAGUGCCGAAAAUGGAGUUGUCAUCCGAUUCCAGCAAUCGAUCUUUUGAAUCCAUCCCUGAUCCAGCUUCUGCGUCCAACGGAGCCGUGUUUUCCGAUGUUGAAGAUGAGCUCGAGGAUGAAGCUCGUUGCAAGUCUGCUGCAAAGCCCACAACAGGCCGUACGUUUGCUCUAGCGGCAAUAUCUUCGGAAUCUGAAAGCGAAGGCGAAGCUCUACCCAUUCACAUUGUAAAGCAAGUGAAGAAGCUAGCACAGAAGACACGAAUGCCCUCUGAGUCUUCCGAUAGCUCCAAGCGUGAAGCUCGAUCUAAGCCGGAAGUAGUAAAGAAAAGGGCAACACCUGUUUCAAGGUCUGUCAAAAAGGGAACAACGUCGGCAUCAUCGUCCGAUUCGUCGAGCACAAAUUCUUCACACUCUUCUGAAGCCAAAACUCCUCCUGCUCCUGCUCCUCUUCGUGUCAGGGCUUCAGCCACACCACACAAGAAGAAGACAGGAGGCAUUUCAGCAAACAGCUCGCACACGUUGGUUAAGAAGAUUGAGGCUUAUGGCAAGUCAGGUGAAGCUGAAGACUUGCAUUUGGAUGCUAAUCUGAACGGGUUUGAGCGGCUUCUGGCACACGAUUGUGCCGAGCGGCUUGGUCUAGCGCACGAAAGCAUUGGCUCCGGGCUUGAGCGUCAUAUCAUUAUUUCGCGCCAUGGUGCGAAGCGUGCUGCUGUGGACUCUGCCAAAGUGUCGAAGUCCAAGAAGAGCAAGCGCCGCUACGUCUAA